AUGCUUCCUGCUGCCAUCCUGGUUAACUGCGUCAUUGGGAAGGUCUACGAGGCUCUGGGUUACCCCUAUCUCAUCGGCCCACGAAAACCCACAGAACGUCACGUUCCUGCUGAAGCAGAUGGUCAAAUCAGCUGGCCAGAACUAAAGCAAUUCUGGGUUAUCUCUUUAACGGGGGAGUUGCUCUUAUUAUUGCCGGCCGUUGACAGUUUCGGAUACCACUGGGCCAGAUCUCUGCCCAGCGAACGAUGUCGCAGCUGGGAUCGACGUCACUCAAAAAGCUUCUGGCGACCAAUGACUGGUUGUAGCAUUUCACUUAACAGUUAG